AUGAGCAGUACUCGUAAACCAAUGUUAGAUAUAGUGUCUUCCUCGAGUCCAACAAAUGAAUAUGAACUUAUACAACGAAUUGGUUCAGGAACAUACGGCGAUGUUUAUAAAGCUAGACAUAUUCCUACAGCAUUAAUGCGAGCUAUGAAAGUAAUUAAAUUGGAACCAGGUGAUGAUUUUAGUAUAAUACAACAAGAAAUUGUGAUGAUGCUUCAAUGUAGUCAUCCCAAUAUUAUUGCUUAUUUCGGCAGCUAUAGAAAUCGAGAUAAAUUAUGGAUUGCCAUGGAAUUAUGUUCAGGAGGAUCUAUGCAAGAUAUUUAUCAUGUAUAUGGACCACUUAAUGAAUUACAAAUUGCUUAUAUACUUAAAGAAACUCUUAAAGGAUUAGAUUAUCUUCAUAAAAAUGGUAAAAUGCAUCGUGAUAUUAAAGGUGCUAAUAUAUUACUCACUGAUGAUGGAAAUGUAAAAUUAGCUGAUUUCGGUGUUGCAGCAAGUAUAACUGCGACUAUGUGCAAACGAAAAUCAUUUAUUGGUACACCUUAUUGGAUGGCACCAGAAGUCGCAGCUGUAGAACGUAAAGGUGGCUACAAUCAUUUAUGUGAUAUAUGGGCUGUUGGUAUAACAGGAAUUGAAUUUGCUGAAUUACAACCUCCUAUGUUUGAUUUACAUCCAAUGCGUGCUCUAUUUUUAAUGUCUAAAUCAGGUUUUAAACCACCAUCACUACGAGAGAAAAUGAAAUGGUCAAUGACAUUUCAAAAUUUUAUUAAAUAUGCUCUAAUCAAAAAUCCCAAGAAACGACCAUCAGCUGAAAGAUUACUUGAUCAUCCAUUUUUACAAGGAAAUUUAACAGGAUGUAUUGCAAGAGAUUUAUUAGAUAGAUUACAUAACGGAGCAACAAGUACGAAUAUAUCCGAAGACCGUGAUGAUGAUGAUGAUGAUCGAACUAAUUAUCAAGCACCACGAAAGAUUUUAUCAACCAGAGAGACAACAGCAGUAUCAUCAUCAAGUAAGAAAAGACAGAGAUAUCAAUUUUCAAUCCGUAGCAUAAACAGUAUUUUCAGUUAUGUAGAGAAGAAAAAUUCGAAAAGAAUGCAUUUAUUUAGACAUUCAUUGAAUACUGGUAGAUAUUUUAAUGGAAUUUUAGUCUAUAAUAUGAUAUGUGUCAACAAAUGUCGGGCGGACAUUUCCUCCACAUAUUCAUGAAACUAAACAAUACUUUGCAGUUGAAGCUAUGAUGACCAUAUACUAAAAUAUCUGUCUAUAAUCU